ACCUUCCUUGCUGUUUCUGAGGCUCCUCCUGUCAUUCUAAGUGCUAGUAAUUCCGACUUGCAGCUCAAUGGUCGUUCCUACCCAGCCCUUUAACGACUUAGAACUAGCAGUUUCGCCCAUAAAACUCGAAUCAGAUGAUUCGGACGCAAUUUACCUCGUUGACGUCAAACCAAGCUGCUCGACUGCUUCAUGGAGUUCAAAAGCAUUCAGUGACAAGCUAUCAGAGAUUGUGAAAGGAAUUGUUCCAUUUCUCGUCACCCUUCUGAAGAUCGUCCUCAUCGUCGCUAGCCACCUCGUAGCGCUCGUCCUGGCAGAAACAUGGGCUUCCUUAUGGUUUGCCGGGAUUCGAGGCAUCUUGGGCUUCGACAAAAGUGAUACGCCCUCCACCCUUCCACCAACACCGCCUGAGAAGUCAUCUGUUCAACUGUCAUGGUUCGAUUCUCUAUUCGCCGCUGUCGCCGUUAGUGUUUGGACAGUCAUGGCAUCCAUCGCCUUCAUCAUCGGGAUUGUUGGAUGUUUUGCGAUCGUGGCUUCAAUGGGUUACUUUAUAGCCCCAUAUGUGAGAUUGGUUGUUGAUCCUAUCGUGCGGAAGUUCUCUCAAGUGCUAAGGCCUUGGUACACGGAACAAAUUGAGCCCCUGUUUGCCGCCUGGCGACCAUCGUAUACUCCUUUACAUGACCAAGUAUCCGUUGAAGGAGAACUUGAAAUUCUUGGUGUAACAGAAGGAAAUUCUUGGAGAAGCCAGUGGCUCCAAAAAGUAUCCACGCUUUUCCAAGAGGCAACUUCCCCAUUCAAGAGUCCUGGGCCGCGUCUUCAAGUGAUCUGCGACCUUCUCUUUUCUGCGUUCAGGAUAACAUUGCAUACCAUCGUUCAUGCAGUGGCCCUAUUCCCACCAUUUGCAUGGUCCACGAUGUGGUUGUACGGUAUGUUCAAGAUUUGGCAGGGCGGGUUAGCAGGACCGGAUGAAACAGGUUUUUUCAUGUGGAUUUUUUUGUGCGUCUUCUUAUUGGUGUGGUCGGCGGGUGCGUUGGUUGCGAUUGGGCUAGGAUGUUAUGGUUGCUACGUCGUUUUAUCAUCCUUUGUUGUGCCCGUGUUUCCUGGGUUGCCAGAGAGCAGGGUAUUUUGUUGUAAUUGGAAGUCCUGAACUAGCAAACAAACAUCAAAGGCGUUCACCGUAGCCAUUUUUUAUCCAUUU